UGUGUGUGUGUGUGUGUGUGUGUGUGUGUGUGUGUGUGUGUGUGUGUGUGUGUGUGUGUGUGUGUGUGUGUGAGUGAGUGAGUGAGUGAGUGAAAUUAUUUCCCUCCCAGUUCACCAGUCAGGACGCAUCUGUGGCUUGGUAGCUGUUCUCUGGUGACAUCAUACAGGAUCUACUGGAAGCCAAAAUGAGAAAGUUAUCUCUGCAGAAUAAAGUCUGUAUUUUAUUAUCUUGGGCGCUGAUGUCGAUGCACAGCGGUGCCGAGCAAGAAUACUUCUUCGAGUCGACAGAACUCAGCUGGGAUGAGGCCAGGACACAUUGCCAGAUCUGUUACAAAGAGCUGGUGACUCUGACCCCAGGCAACAUCCAGACCGUUGCCCAGAAGUUAGCCAAUGACUCCUGGAUCGGCCUCCGCCAGAAUGUCCCCUCCGCCAGCAAAUCCACCAACGUGCCCUGGAGCCGCUGGGCCAACGAGGAUCCCCUCACCUUCCAGAACUGGUAUCCGGGGUUUAAGAGGAGUCACGUCGGAGACUCUUGUGUGGCCAUGCUCAGCUUUGGGGCCUGGGUUGAAAAGAACUGCUCAGAUCCUCUGCCUUUCAUUUGCUAUGAUGAUCGCUUCGUCGGCCGAGCCAGCGUGACCAACGUGACGUCCGGCAGCGCAGUCCUCUCGUGGCUGCCUGUGCCAGCGAACAUCAGCCAUCACCGCGUAGAGGUAGUCGGUGGCGAACCUCGGGACGAGAACCAGGAUAUUUUGACCACUGACCUUUCCGACCUGAUGGCAGGCACCCGCUACUCUGUCCAGGUCUUCCCUGUUAAAUGUGGGCGAGACCUCAACCCCCAGGAAGUCACCUUCUACACCAAACCUAACAAAGUCAAUAAUCUCACGGUGACCAAUGUGACAGUAACGUCUGUCUCUCUGAGAUGGGGCAAGCCAGUUGGAAAUGUGAGCAUGUAUAUUAUUGAUGUCCACGGCAAUGAAAGUCAAAGUGUGGAGCCGGAAACGGAGGUCAGAUAUUUGACGCCCGGAAGCUCGUACAAGUUCGUCGUUUUCACAGUAGUCGAGGGCAAACCUGAACCCAUCAGGAGUGAAGGGUUGAGCAUCACAACAUUUACAAAGCCUCUUCCCGUGUCCAGCCUGAGUGUGUCUGAAAAUACCAUGGACUCACUGCUGCUCAGCUGGAGCCCACCUGAGGGACGUGCCACAGAUUUCUGGGUGCAGGCCACGGAUGACAGCAAGGGCGUAUUGUUCAGCAAAACGGUGAAACGCAGCGGGAGCCAAACUUGGCAGGAGGUGAGAGUGACGGGGCUGCCGAUGGGAACCAGGAUAACGCUCGGUGUGAGGUCACUGGCCAACGGCACACUGGGAGACGAGGUCAUCGUCGUCAACUACACCGUCCCUGCGCCGGUUUCCCACCUGAAUUUGAGCGCAUCGCAUCACUACCUGAAUGCCAGCUGGACUGUUCUUGCUGGUAAUUACUCAUCCUUUACCGUCCUGCUCCGGCUGGAGGGUGAAACCGUGGAAACGACGAGCAACCUAACCGAGCCUCGGAAGCAAUUCCUCCAGCUGAGGACUGGAGCUAAAUACACGGUGAUCGUCCACAUCGUGAGCGGAAAGAUCCUAGGCCCGGCGGUGAACGAAUCCAAAUUCACCCUGCCGCUUCCGCCUACCGACGCCAGCGUCUUCGCCCGCAGCAAGACCCGGCUCACCUUCCAGUGGGUGGCCCCUGAAAGCGCAUUGAGUCCCAGGUACCAGGUGCGCCUCAGCUCCCGGUUCUGGGGCCACAGCCUGAGCGCCUUCGUGGGGAACCGGACCAGCCACACGUUCGAGAACCUGAAAUCGGGGACCCGGUACGAGUUGGAGGUGCGAACGGUGACAGACGAGGAGUGGAGUGAGCCACUGACCAUGUCGAAUUUUACAGUGGCGGAGGAAAGGCAACUCAGUUUGUCCAUGUUGUGCUCCUCCCCGCAACUUCUCCAGUGUGCCAAAAAAACCACAAAGGACCACGUGUUCAGUCAGCUGAAAGAACGUUUCAAAGAUCUGUUGGGGAGCGACAUUGUCUGGAAUCUCGAGAUGCAAGAAAGUGAAAACGUUUGAAUAUAUUUUUUUCAAAUGAUUGGUACCGGUGAAGGUCCGUCUUAUUCAUCAACAUGAUUUCAGUUGACGUCUUUUGCAUUGUGCUGCCGCUCCAAAAUGUGCACAUAGAGCCGUUGUGUGUGAUAUUCAGGCAAAAGAGUUAAGAAAUGUAUCCACGGUUUAUAUGUAAAGCGCACUGAUUAUAUUCCAAAAUGUAAAGGUUCAAAUAAAAUAAUGAAUAAACGUUUUACUUUUGAUUCUG